AUGGCAGCCGUAAUGCCCAGCCCAAUAACAUCAAUAGGCUACAAACCCCACGAAACAAACUGCAUGAAAGCAGCCCGAUGGAUGGGAACCCACAGCAUCGAAGUAGGCGUGGUCCCAAAACCAACAAUAACAGACCCGCACGACGCAAUGAUCCAAAUAACUCACUGCACAAUCUCUGGCAUCGAUAUCCACCUCUACGAAGGCGAGCUCAACAACUCAAUGGAAAAAGGCGAUAUCCUAGGCCAAGAAGCAAUCGGCAUAGUCGAAGAAGUCGGACCAAAAGUCAGGACCCUCAAAGCCGGUGACCGGGUCAUCAUCUUACCCGUCAUUGCGUGUGGAAGCUGUGACUAUUGUCAGCGAGAGGAGUACUCGCUGUGCGGGAAAACCAAUCCAUCGAAGGAGAUGGAGGCUGCGUAUGGGCAUCGCAUUUCCGGGAAAUUGGGAUAUAGUCGGCUUUCGGGUGGGUAUCCCGGUGAUCAGGCUGAGUAUUGUCAUGUUCCAAAUGCCGAUUUGACAUGUAUUCGGGCACCGCGUGGUGUUGAUGCGAGGAAGUUGCUUGGGCUGAGUAAUGUCAUUACAACUGCUUGGCAUGCGCUGGAAUUGGCCGAGGUGCAGGAAGGCGAUGUUGUUGGUGUUUGGGGUUGUGGACCUAUUGGACUUGCGGUGCAGCAGUUAGCAAUGAUGCGCGGAGCGAAGAAGGUGUAUGCUAUGGAUCGGGAUUCGCAGCGAUUGCGGCUCGCUGAGGAUUUCGGGAUGACGCCUGUUGAUGUGUCGCUUCAUCAAGAGGUUGGGGAGUACCUUUUGUCUAUUCAGGAAGAGGGACUUGAUCGGGCUAUUGAGGCGAGUGGGUUCCGCAGUGUGCAGAAGCCUCUACAUGCUGUUAUGCGGGCUAUUGGGUUGGAGCGGGAUAGUGGGGAUACAUUGGAGGAUAUCAUCAAGGCUACGCGCAAGGGUGGCAAUGUUGCAUUGGUUGGGGACUUCUUCUUCACGACGCACGACUUCCCUAUUGGGCCGAUGAUGCAGAAGGCAUUGACGGUGCGCGGGGGUCAAGUGUGUCCACAGAAGUAUUAUCCGUUCCUACUGGACCUGGUUGUUCAGGGGAAACUCGACCCUUCAUGGAUGUUCACGUAUGAAGAUGAAUUAGAGAACAUCGCCGAGGAGUACCACAAGUUCGCGCGCCAUGAAGUGCCCGGUGGACUAAAGAUGCACCCCCCACCCAUUGCUCUCGACUGGAACAACAUUGGCUUUAAAGUCCGCGAUGGCAACGGCCAUGUCGAAUGCCACUUCUCCCACAGCGGCAGCGGCAAAUGGACAACCCCGCAAUACGUCAAUUCCCCAACCCUAGGAAUAUCGGGCAUGUCCCCAGCCCUCAACUAUGGCCAACAAGUAUAUGAAGGCCUAAAAGCCUUCCGCCACCCGCACAACAACAAGAUAACAAUCUUCCGCCCAGACCGGAACGCCAAGCGCAUGCAGUUUUCCGCCGAGGUGGUGUCAAUCCCACCAGUUCCAGAAGAGCUCUUCAUAGAAUGCGUCCGGCUGGCCGUCGGCCUAAACGCCGAAUAUGUGCCACCGCACGAAUCCGGUGCGGCGAUGUAUAUCCGCCCCUUACUAUUCGGAUCAUCGGCGCAGCUGGGGCUUAGUCCGCCGGAUGGGUAUACGUUUGCUGUUUUUGCCAUGCCGACUGGAGUGUACCACGGAGCUAGUGCGGUUGAUGCAUUGAUUCUUGAAGAUUUUGAUCGGUGUGCGCCGUUUGGGACUGGUGCUGCGAAGGUGGGGGGGAAUUAUGCGCCUGUGUUGAGACAUAGUGACCGGGCGCGGAAGGAGGGGUAUGGGAUUACGCUUCAUUUGGAUAGUGCGACCCGGAGUGAGGUUGAUGAGUUUUCGACGAGUGCGUUUAUUGGGGUCAAGAGGGAUGCUGAUGGUGGGGUUACUGUUGUUCAGCCGGAUAGUCGGAAUGCGAUUGAUUCCGUGACUGCAGCUUCUGUUUUGGAGAUUGCGCGGAAGUUGGGUUAUCGGGUUGAGAAGCGGAGGGUUUUGUAUGAGGAGUUGGGGGAGUUCGAGGAGGUUAUCGCUGCUGGGACUGCGGCUGCUUUGGUGCCCGUUGGUAGCAUUACUAUGAAGUCUCGUGCGGAUAAAUUUGAGUAUCGCACUGGGGCUGAGAAGGAGGGUGGGGAAGUUUGUGUUCAGUUGCUGAAGAUGCUUCGGGGUAUACAAUCUGGGACUGUCGAGGAUCCUUGGGUUUGGAACUAUGAGGUACUGCCACCACCUAAGGGAUGGGCUGAUGAAAACCACGAAAAGCCAGAGCAGAAUGGUGCCAAUGUUCCCUAGAGAUACGCGUUGGGACUGGUACAGGACUACUAUCCUUGGCCCAGUCCAUCCUACCGUUUGGUUGUUGGAUUUACUGAUUAAGUCUUGCGAUCUACUUGAAAUAAAGGUUCAG